CGUAACAAAGAAAGAGAGAAUUUUCGGUUGAGAGAGAGAGAGAUGAAGAUCACAGCUCUUUUGGUAAUUAAGUGCAAUCCAGAGGGGUCGGAUUCGGUAAUUUUAGCAAACGCUUCCGAUGUGAGCCAUUUCGGGUACUUUCAGAGGUCCAGCGUCAAAGAAUUCAUAGUUUUUGUCAGUCGGACCGUCGCCAAACGCACCCCUCCCGGCCAACGCCAGUCUGUCCAGCACGAAGAGUACAAGGUGCAUUCUUACAACCGAAAUGGCCUGUGUGCAGUGGGGUUUAUGGAUGAUCCCUAUCCAGUCCGAAGUGCAUUUUCCGUUCUCAACCAGGUGCUAGAUGAGUAUCAGAAGAAUUUUGGUGAUUCAUGGAGGACUGUGCAGGCAGAUAAUGCUCAACCCUGGCCAUAUUUGAAUGAAGCAUUGACCAAGUUCCAAGAUCCUGCAGAAGCAGACAAGUUGUUGAAAAUUCAGAGGGAGUUGGAUGAGACAAAAAUUAUCCUUCAUAAAACUAUCGACAGUGUGCUUGCACGAGGUGAGAAACUGGACAGCCUAGUUGAGAAGAGUUCAGAUCUGAGUGCUGCUUCACAGAUGUUCUACAAGCAGGCAAAAAAAACCAAUCAAUGUUGUACCAUACUGUAAACUAUCAAAGCAAGCGGCAUAAUGUAAUGCUAGUGUUGAGGGGGGUGGUUGACAAUGUGAUUGUAAUAUGUUCAUAUCAUUUAUCAAUUGUUUGUGUGUCAGAACCAGGGAAUAUCCUUAACUGGAUAUUGUAUGUCUUGGAUCAAAAAGAAAGGAAACCUGAAUAUCAAGAUUAGAGUUUCUUAUUAUAGUUC